AUGACCUACAAAUACAUCAGGCUUGGAGAAACGAAGGAUUCUGCCGGGUCGACUCGAGCUGUGUAUGGGUUUUUCGAUCGCGCAGGCAGGUUCCGUCGCCGUGCAGACAUCGGGCAGUAUGCCAUUCCAGUGGAUCUGGGAACCAGCUCGGGUGGUGCUCUUGUUACCCAUGAACGAGUAGAGUAUUCCUCACGCUUCCGAGGAUUAACACAUCGACAAGUCCGGAAAGAGUUUCAUUACCAGCUGGGGAGGAAACUUUGUUCACAAACAGCUGAUGGGGAGAUAUAG